GCGUCUUCACCCCCAGCAUCACCCCGCCAGUCAUCACGCGCGUCACGCCCCCGGGAUACUGGUACGCCGUCGCAGUCGGGCUGAGAGCGUAUUCUGUCUUCUCGGAUGUAUGCCGUCCUUGGGUUGGACUCGGUGCGUAACUCGACGGCGCGGUAGGUGCGCCAUGGUCUGGACGAUGCUGGGGCCUCGUCGGCAGGAGAAAGUAGUGCGACUCCGGAAGGCCCACGGGGGGCAGCCCGUUCCUCAUCUGGGCAUCCAAAUGGCUGAUUCGGUCGGACGUGCGCAGGAUCGGGCAGAGCGUAUGGGUGCGAGCGGGAGGAGAAAGCGGUGGUGUGGGUGUCUGGGUCUGGGUCGGAAGGGGGGGGAGGAGCAGGGUGGUUUCUUUCGUCUCGCGCAGCAUCGCACGGAUGCGGGCGGAGAUGAGCGCCGCGCGGAGCCUGUGGUGUAUCCCCUCGUCGUGUCGCUCGCUGAAGCGACUGGGAGGAGGGAUCUCGCUCUGGUAAGCGUGGGGAGACGGACGGGAGGAUGUGCAGUUCAUGAACGAAUGUGGGGGGGGCUUCAAUGUGUCCCUUCGUCGCGACGCCGAAAGGCUAUAUAUGCUGGUCCCUAUUUCAAUCUGGCCGUAUCGGGAGGAAGGAAGGGCUGCGAACGACGCACCUGGGAGCUGUCAAAGCUUGAGGC